AUCCCCGACCUCCGCCCGAGUCAUCCGAGGAGCCGCGCGGUGCGGCCGGGAAGCCCCCGCAGGGCCUCUCCCCGCUUCUGAAACGCGGGGGGCGGCGGGGAAGCCCUGGGCGGUGCUUUCGGGGGUUCUCAGCAGCACCGAAGCCGGGAGGAGCGGGUGGCUUCCAGGCCGGGGCCGGCCCGGGCACUGCCUGAGUCAGGCCCUUUCCCAGCUGGCGGGGCUCCCCCUUCUCGCUGCCGGUCAUUCCGCUGCUCUGUCGUCGCUUCGGGCUCGGCUCCCGCGGCCCGGGGAGCGGGGGAAGGAGCGCUCUGGGGAAUGCUGCUGGGUGCGUGCUCCCCGGUGCGCAGCUCGCUCUGCUUCUGGCCACGUGGCGGCCAACGGAGCGUUGCGGCAGCGGGUUCGUUUGGGGCCGGCCUGGCUGGGCCCCCUCUGUGGCCAGCAGCCCAGGUAAGUCGUUGCUGAUCAGUUCCUUCUCUACAGGAAUCGAUUUCAACGCGUCCUGCCCCCAGCACUACUCCUGUCAGGGUCACAUUUUGUACAGGAAAUGGAGAAGGGGAUUUUCUUCACCGGAUUACACAAACCGGUGAAGAACUUUAGCAAUGUGGAGUUUUUUACACUUGCACUUCCCAGACAAGCGCGGCUGUGCCAGGAAAAGGAACGUUGCAACACAAGAACUGAAGCAGUGCCAGCGAGGGCACGCGGUGGUGCUUGUCCUGGAGGAACAGCGUAGUGCAAAUUCCCGGUGCUGUCGCGUGCACGGGGACACAGCUCGUGGCCUCGACCUCAGCAGUGCCAUCCCACUUGACACCAGGCUCUGGAUCGGCGGGCGGAAUUCUUCGUUCACAUGGCAGCAGCAAACUCUACUCCACCAGGCUCUUUGGAUCUAAACCAGCCUGGAUUUUCAAAGGCGAUACUGGGAACUAAACUGGAGGUGAAAUACCUCUGUUCGGAUUGCAAGAACAUUCUGAGGAGGCCGUUUCAAGCUCAGUGUGGACAUCGCUACUGUUCUUAUUGUCUGAAGAAAAUCAUAAGUUCUGGACCUCAAAAGUGUGCAAGCUGUAUUGAGGAAGGGAUAUAUGAAGAAGGAAUUUCUAUUUUGGAAACCAGCUCAGCUUUCCCAGACAAUGCAGCUCGUCGGGAGGUGGAAAGUCUGCCUGCUGUCUGUAUUAACGAUGGUUGCACGUGGAAGGGGACUAUUAAGGAGUACGAGAGCUGCCAUGAGGGGAACUGCCCGUUCCUGCUGAUUGAGUGCCAGGCAUGUAAGGGACUGAUCACACUGAAUGACAAGGAGCGCCACUCUGAGCGGGAGUGCCCCGAGAGAAACCUCAACUGCAAAUACUGCAAAUUGCUUUUCUACUUUCCUGAUAUUAAGGCUCACGAUGAAGUCUGCCCUAAGUUUCCAUUGACUUGUGAAGGCUGUGGGAAGAAAAAGAUUCCAAGAGAGAAGUUUCAGGACCAUGUGAAGACUUGUGGCAAAUGUAAAGUGCCUUGUAGAUUUAAGGUUGUUGGAUGUGCUGAGAUGGUGGAAAAUGAAAGGCUACCAGAACAUGAAACCAAGUGUCUGGCAGAGCAUCUGUACAUGCUACUGAGUUUUGUGCUUAGCCUCAAGAGUGGCUCUGGAGACCUGAAGCAUCUUCCUGCCCUUUCCUCAUCACAAAGUAACUCCCCACUACUGGCAGCAAACUCUUUGUGCUCAGAGUCAGAGCUCUCCAAAUCCAUGGAGCUCUCCAAGUCCCUGGAGCUCUUGGGAAGAUGUGAGGCCCUUGAGAGGAAAACAAUGACCUUUGAGAACAUUGUCUGCGUGCUCAACCGGGAGGUGGAAAGAGUGUCUCUAACAGCGGAAGCCUAUAGUCGGCAACAUCGACUAGACCAGGAAAAAAUUGAAUCUCUGAGUAACAAGGUUCGGCAGCUGGAAAGGAGCAUUGGGCUCAAAGAUCUGGCCAUGGCUGAGAUGGAGGAAAAGAUCCGCAACAUGGAAGCUUCCACCUACGAUGGUGUUUUCAUCUGGAAGAUAACAGACUUUGCCAGGAAACGCCAGGAGGCGAUAACAGGCCGCUCUCCUGCGAUCUUCUCUCCAGCUUUCUACACAAGCAAGUAUGGCUACAAGAUGUGUCUGCGCGUUUACCUGAACGGGGAUGGCACCGGGCGUGGGACCCAUCUGUCCCUGUUCUUUGUGGUGAUGAAAGGACCCAAUGAUGCUCUUCUUCGCUGGCCUUUCAACCAGAAGGUAACUCUGAUGCUCUUGGAUCAGAACAACCGGGAGCACAUCAUCGAUGCUUUCCGCCCUGACGUGACAUCCUCCUCCUUCCAGCGACCCAUCACGGAAAUGAACAUUGCCAGCGGGUGCCCGCUGUUCUGCCCCGUCUCCAUGAUGGAAGCGAAGAACUCCUAUGUCCGUGAUGACGCCAUCUUUAUUAAAGCCAUCGUUGAUCUCACAGGCCUCUAGCCCUCCUCGCCUCCAGGAGAAGUGAACACAGAGCCAGCCCCAUGGGGCACCCCCCUCUCGUGCUGCCCUGCAGGCAGGUCUUGGAGUGAGGAGGGGGCAGAAAGCAGAGGGGGAGAAGCCUAUACCUAGCCCCUUCCCAAAAAGGGACCUUCUCUGCGCUGAGUGGCAGCAAGGUGUCUGAUGGGAACCCUCUUCCCUGGUGUCAGAGAGACUUUUCCAGAGACGAGGUUAGGGUGGACAUUGACAGUUUGCAUGGUACAGGGGUCACCUGCAGGGACUUGGAUAUCUGAACUGCUGGUUCACCACGCUGGUUUCCCAGUGGGAGCAAGUGCAGCUCGCUCUGCCAGGUCAGCGCGUGGCCUCAGCUCUCUGUAGCGAAACAAGGAUUUGGCCUGCCUGAGCACCACCUCAUCCAUCUGGGAUUUUCUUCAGAGACCUCUGUGGUCCUGAAGGUAGUGCUGGCUGAAGGAAUACCGCUGCCCCGUGCUGGGGCUGGUUUGCGCCUCGCUGUCAGGAAGGCUGCAGCACUUGUCUGCCAGGAUGGGCUUGGGCGGUGCUGCCUGGCUUGCUGCUGUUCUCGUGCCACUGAUGUCCACAUGGAGGAACUGAGGUGGCACAGGGGGAGCAGGGCCCUGUGCCCAGCUGUAGCUGGGUUUUUGACUGGGGGCGUGCUCUGGGCGUGUGGGGUGGAUGGGCUGGCAGCACCAGGGCUGCCUGUGAGGAAAAACAAAAGCGACUGUCCCCUGCAGCCUGCCCCUCCUCUCAGGGGAGAGGAGGUGACUGCAGGGCUUGUGCCUGCUCCAGGCAGACUUUUAGCGGGACCCUGCCCCUCAGCAUUGUGUCAGGGGGCGGUGGGUGCAGUGGUGGAAGCUAGCUUCAGGCACACACAGAUGCUCAUGAGCGUGCUUUAACCCUUGUCAUGGGGCAGCUAUGGCAGUGUGGGCACACCAACCUUCCCAGGCCCCAGCACCCUUCCUGGUGUGGGCACAAGCCCUGGCCAUGCCCUCCUCUCUGGGAAUCACCUGCCCAGGGCCUUCUGGUCACCACAGCAAGCUCCCUCAGCCUCUUGGAGGGCCUGCAGCCACCAGGGUCAGACUGGAAGGGGCUGGAGAAGUCCCUGAGUGAAGCUUGUGCUGUUGCCCUUGCUGUUUCUGGUUUCCUCACACUCCUUCCUUCUGAGCAGCAAAUGUUCUGCACCUGUACCCCAGAGGAGGUCUCUGUAUUUCGUGGAGAAGAAACUGCUGUCAUUUCCCUCCAUCGUGGCUAGUGAGUCCCUCUGGUGUUGCUUCGUGGUGGCCACAUGUAACUCUGGACUGACUGUUAGCCAGGUUGGACUCUCAAGGCCUGCUGCCUUUUCUCCCUGUGCUUUCCUCGCCCAUCUCAUUGCCUAAACGCGACCCACGAGAUGCUUGGUUGGCCAGCUGGCUGCUGAGCACCCCCCUCAGCCCUUACACUUGCCUGGGUCAGCUCUAGCUCCUGCACUGCUCCGCUGGCCUGGAGGGCAGGCAGAGAGGCUACUGUGCCUGGCUGGAGGGCAGGGACCCUACCCUUGGUGCCUGGGAACGCAAUUGCUGUGCAGGGGGAGUGAAUCUCCCUUGGCUGGGAGCUGCCGGAAGCCUGGAGGCGCUGCCGUGUGCUCCGUGGAGGAGCCCCAGGCCCUGCUCUGCUGGCUGCUGCUGACGCUGUCGUUUCUGCAGCCACUUGCCCAGGCCUGGGCCACGUCUUCAGCAUGGGUGGCUCUCCCUGCCUGUGGAAGGGUGCUGGGGUGACCUUUCAGCCCCCCAUUUGAAGUCUGGUGCAGAUCUUAUCCCUGCUGCGGUAGCUGCUGUGCCCUAGCCCAGAGUGCAGCUGUGCAGAGCCUGGGGCCUGGAGCAGACCUUGCUGUGCCGCUGGGGCAGGGGACAGGAGGCUGGGCCAGCGGAGCCGGGGUGGGCACAGCAGCAGUGUCCCCAGGCGGCUCCCGCUGGCCCACAGCUGCCCGUGCCCAGCCUGGUGUGGCCAGCAGCAGCCUGGAUGGACCACGCUGAGCCCGCCUAGGGCUAGCGGGAUCGUCGCUUUGUGUAAGGGCAGGGGAAGGUAAGGGGAGCAAUUCGGGUUGGGAAGUAAAAGUGACCCCAGGCCCCUCUCCAGCUGCUUCAGGCUUGAGUCAAAGCACGGGGGCAGGCCAGGGGAGUGCUGACAGCUGCCCCUCGCCCUUCCAGCAGUACUGGGGGUGGCGGUGGCCGCGUGCCCCUGCGCUGCCUGGCCCCUUGCUGCAGCCCCUGCUUUGUGGAGAGGCGAGGGGCUGCGGGUUGGGCAGGGGCUGCCCAUUUCUUCCCGAGUGCAGAUGGUCGGCAUGUGGGAUGGCUGCCUGGAGCAGAGGAGGCCUGGAACGCUUUUGCACCCGCUGCUUGCAGCCUCACUGCUCUGCAAACCGGCUUUGAGCUUGUCCUGGGGGAUAGGGUAAGCCCUGUAUUGGCACCCUCACCCUGUUGCCUUAAGAGGAAAAGAAAAAAAAAAAAAGAAGCCUAGCAAGGCCUGAACUUUGUGGAGGAGGCCAGGCCCUGUGCUGCCCAAGGAGUGUCCCUGCCCACACUUUGCUUGGAGAGGGGGAGGAAAAUCAGCGAUAAUGGUUUAGAGUUGAAAUUGUGUCUUACUGGGGGGGGAGUUUGAUCUGCAGCAAUCUGUGUCUUUGCUCGUGGAGCAUUUGCUCAGCACCCCCUGCCUGGGGGGGAGGACGGGGGACCAGGUGUGGCUCUGUAGGGCCUGGCAGGACAGCCUCCAGGGAAGGCACCCAGCAAGGAGCACGGGCUGGGGGGGGGGCGUCGGGCUGCGCUGACAGACAAGCAGACAAGAGCCUGCUGGCACCUUGACCUGCUGCGUUGUUCGUGUUGUUUCCCUUCCCUUCCAACAAGGCUGAGGAAAGGGAGGGCUGGUGCUGAAAAUGCUGUCUGGCCCUUUUUCUUUUUUUUUUUUUUUAGCUCUGGGGUUUGCAGGGUUAAUCUUAGUGUGUACCACUUGCAGCAACCUGUGCACUGUGGUGGGAGGGUAACGUGGCUUCCCUGGGUGCGAUGCUGAAGCUGUCUAGCAGAUGGACAUUUAGCACAAAGCACAGCUGGAGUUUUUGUUUGUUUGUUGUUUGUUUGUUUCACUAUUUGACCACAGCUAUUGGAGAACACCCACCUCAGCCUGUCAAUGUGAAGUUUUUCCUUGAGGAUGCCACAUGGUGAAAACCACUAAUAAAAGCAGUUUGAAGAG